AACACUCAAGUGAAUGGGAUCAUUUCCCAAUACCUGAAAUGUGAAUGAACUGUUUUUGUUGCAUCUAAUGGGUAAACUUCUUCAACUAUUCCAGUUCAGUCCUUUGUCUCAUGCAUAUGAAGUUCUCUGGUAUGAUGGGUUGACCAGGGUGUCCAUGGAAAUACAAACAAAUCAAGGGUUUCAGUAGUCAAGAAUUUUGACACGUUGUUUUCAUAUGCUUUGCAUGUCUUUCUAAAGGAAAUUCCAUGAAACUGGCCCAUCAAAAUGACAUCUUCAAGGUAUUUUUAUAUUUGAGCAUUCCACUAUUUCCCACGUUUGAGUGCAUUCACUCGUGGCUAAUUGAAUCAACCACCUCCUGAGCAUUUAAUAGUUCUCAGUGACUCUGAAAGACGGACUGUUAUUAGAGCUUUCUUUCUUAUGCUCAUCAUUGUCAUGUAGUGUCAUCUUAAGGGAGGAGUCGAGAAGGCAAGGUGAUUCCACAUACAAAUACAAUCACCUGGAAACAUCCUUAACUUGAUCUCACACCAUCACGGAGACGAAGACACUUCUGAAAGGUCUGACAUAACAGGCACAAUGUUACAAUCCUUGUGGCUCAUUCUCAUGCUGGAUUUCGGAAAUGGACCUUCAGUCGAAGCUUUUCUGAGGUUGAUGAAUGGUAUCGACUCCUGUUCUGGACGAGUGGAGGUUCUCUAUAAUGGAAUAUGGGGAACAGUGUGUGAUGAUGACUGGGAUCUGAGAGAUGCUGCAGUGGUGUGUAGAGAGAUGGGCUGUGGGAAUGUAAUAGAGGCAAAGAGUUUUGCUUAUUUUGGACAGGGAUCAGGACAGAUAUGGAUGGAUGAUGUAAACUGUGCUGGCACCGAGUCCUCACUAAAGAACUGUACAACAAUUGGAUGGGGAACACACAACUGUGGACAUCAUGAAGACGCUGGAGUCAUCUGUGAAGCCAUUAUUAGGUUGGUAAAUGGCAGUGACUCCUGUUCUGGACGAGUGGAGGUUCUCUAUAAUGGAACAUGGGGAACCGUGUGUGAUGACGGCUGGGAUCUGUCAGAUGCUGCAGUGGUGUGUAAAGAACUGGACUGUGGGAGUGUGAUAGAGGCAAAAAGUGCUGCUUAUUUUGGACAAGGUUUAGGACCUGUAUGGAUAAGUGAUGCACAAUGUACUGGGAUUGAGGCCUCAUUGAUGAACUGUACAUCAACAAGAUGGGGAAUACAGACCUGUGGACAUUUAAAAGAUGCUGGAGCCACUUGUAAUAAUGUGAAGCUGGUGAAUGGUGUCAGUGAAUGUGACGGAAGAGUUCAGAUUCGCCAUCGUGAGCAGUGGGGAGCAGUGUGUUACACUGGUUGGGAUCUACAAGAUGCUACAGUGUUGUGUCAAGAGCUGGACUGUGGAGAGAUUGCAGAGCCAAAGGCGUAUGUGGGUCCCUCAGUCGAGAAAACAUUGAUGAAUAAUGUUAUCUGUACGGGAAAUGAGCGGAGUGUGAGGGACUGUCCUUUUACUGAAUGGGAUGUGGGCAGUUGUUUGGAUACGCUUCAUGCGGGAGUUUUUUGCCAAAAAACUGUGAAACGAGUUGUGGUGAGGAUUAUGGUGAAGGCCAAGGUUGAAUUCAAUGUCAAUGACCCACAAAUCAAGAAGGAUCUUUUGGACAAGAUAAGGAAAGUGGUGCAAAUGACAGGGAAGUAUAGUGUGAACUGGAGAACACAGUCUGAUGGGCAGGUAUUUCAGAAACAGAAAACAGCCACAGGACCUUUUUGAAAGACAGAAAAGCAUGAAAACACAGACUCUAACCCUAAUUAUGAUAAAGUAGUGCUAUUUUCUCUGUUGCUUCCCUGUCUUAUUAUCAAAAGUCAUAAAAAAUGUGGUAGGUGGGGCUCAAGUAACAUCAAGUGCUAGUCAGUCAAAUCAGACCUUCCCACAUAAUUUGCCUGAGAAAGAAAUGCCUUAUGAAAGUGCUGACUUAUAUUUACAGCUCUUUCAAACAUUAGAAUAAUGAAUAUUAUAUUAUGUGGAAAUGAAAUGUGUAUAUAAUGUGCGGUUGCUUCCUGGUGUCAGAGAGACCAAAGUGAAAAAAAAGUAGAAGAUUUUAACAUUUAUUUACGAGAAUUGUACUUUCUGUGACACGAUUAAUCGAUUUUAGAUACAUUUAUUUAAUAAGAUGUAACACAAUAUAAAUUAAUACAUAUUACAGAAUUUAAAUAUUUUAGGUUAUGUUAGGUUGUGCUGUAAAAUACAUUGCAUCAGAAAUCAAAUAAACAUGAACUUGUACAGAAAAUCAAAGUUUUACAUUUUUAUUUUCCUUUCACCUCCAACCAAUGACAAUGGCCUUCAAAAUGAUGUCAAAACUUCACUGACUUUGACCUGCUGCAACCUAAACAAUGAUGUUCUUUAUAUUAUCCUUGACAGUUUACAAACUCUUCUAAAAUGUCUUCAUCGUCUGGAUGAUUCUGCAAGAACUGCUGUUCUCUUGAAUUGGUCAUGAAAGGUAAUUUCUUAAGCGGC